AUGAUGGACUACGCCCAAUACCAGCAACCACCACAAUCGGCGCAUUCGCAAGGGCAUAUCCAAUCAGGUUACACCAAUUCGAACACUGGAAAUACCAUCACGUCCCCCUCAAGCCACAACAUACAUCAGCACGGCGUGCAGACAUCUCCCAUCCUGCCCACACAGCAUCAGCCAUCUGCGUCAAAUCAAGGUCACAACAUGUAUCAGACGCAGUACAGCGUGCCGCAGCAGAACAUGCACUAUGGCGUGCCUGGGAUCCAGGCCGCCGCCAUGGCUGCAACUGCUGCCGCCGCCGGUGGCACAGGAUAUAGUAACUACAUGUCCUCGGACCCCAGCCUGACGCAGAGCUCACCGCGCCUGGGCUCAGGGGUCAACGCAAAGAAGGAUGCCCAUGGGCCUCGGUCCCCGCAGCAGUUGAGUCAGGCGCGGAGACUGAGCCAAGUCACGAGCCCCGGUGUUCCGAAUGCGCCCAUGCUGAACCACGGUCCACGGUCAGCAAUCCCGCCGCCGAUGCCUCCCACACAAGCUAUGCCGCAGCCUCAAUCGCCCGAGAUGCCAGCAGGCGCCGAAGAAUCGCCCCUGUAUGUCAACGCGAAGCAGUUCCACCGCAUUCUCAAACGACGAGUGGCGCGCCAGCGGUUGGAAGAGGCGUUGAGGCUGACGAGUAAGGGUCGGAAGCCUUACCUCCACGAAUCCAGGCACAACCAUGCUAUGCGGAGGCCAAGAGGGCCCGGCGGUCGUUUCCUGACGGCGGAGGAAGUGGCGGAGAUUGAGAAGGGCAAAGGCUCCGAGGGUAAGGACGAUGAAGAGGUGUCCGCUCAGGCGGGUACUAAGAGAAAGUCAGAUGCCCAAUCCAGCGCGUCGAACAAGAAAGCGAAGACGGAAGAGACGACUCCGGAGGAUGACGACGAUGAAGAUGCCGAGGGAGACAGCUGA